AUGGAGAUUCCGCCGUCACAAUCUCCGGCGACUCCGCUCCGCCGUAGAAACUCCAUAGCCACUCUUCUGACCUCCGAUAAACCUUUCCCGAUCGUUCCCUCAUCUCCUUCGUCUUUCGAUUUCGAGCUCGUCACUCUAAAACCAUCUUCCUUCGUAGCUUACACAUCUCUCAGAGACAUCCUCACAUCAUCAUCAUCUCCGAGUAACUCCUCCGUCAACUUACCGGCGAUCAACGGAAGUAGUGGAGAUAUCUCUAUUCGUAACCGUCUCGUUAAGCAAGCUGCUUGGUCUUACCUUCGACUUCAACCAACGGCUCAAGCUUCAUCGGAAAACUCGCCGAGAUCUCAAUUCCUCCGCCGUAUAUGGCUUCACUUCUCCGCCGGAAUUCAGUUCCUGAAACGUAUGAUUGAUUGGAUUUUUCAGUCAAUUCGUAUUCCUCAGAUUGUUAAAUAG